CGGCCUUAAUUUCCCGUUCCACUUUGCCGAAUCUUGUUUCUCCUCUACCAUAGCAAUGGCAAUCAAAGUUCAGGGCAAUUUUAACUUACCUCCUGUGUCAGGCAUUCAAGCUGACAAACAGUACGAAUAUCGUAUAGCAUGCGCUCAAGUAUUACCAUCCGAGAAUGGAGUUAAAGGAGAGGGUGGAUUGGAUAAAUUGGAACAAUAUGCAAAAGAAGCUGCUAAACAUGAAGCGGAUGUAAUCGUAUUUCCAGAAUACUUUUUAACAGGAGCAACACAUGAUUCAUGGCAUGCAGUACGGGAUACUUAUGCAGGCAACAGCCCACAAUCACCUAUCGAUCCUGACGAUGAUCCUGAACACUUUUUAAGCUUGAUCGGAGAUAUUGCAAAGAAGAAUGAUAUCGAUAUCGUGGCAGGAACAGUGGUAGAAUUGGGAAGUCAUCAUAUCCCACAUCGAAAUGAAGAGCCAAAUGACGAUGAUGACGAGAAUGAGACAGACAAAGAACAUGAUCAGAAGUUGUUCAAUACGGUAUACUAUAUUACCAGAUCUGGAGAAAUAGCCGGUCGAUAUACAAAGAGGAGACUUUGGCAUCCGGAGCGAUCCGUUCUAUCUCCUGGUCAUGAAUUGCGGCACGAGGCACCAAGGACGUUUGAAAUCACUACUCGCAACGGAAAGAAAUUAAGUGCUGGCAUAGCAGUUUGCUGGGAUCUUGCCUUCCCAGAAACCUUUAGAGAAAUGUUUGAUUUACCGCCUUCUUCUCAUUCGUCCAAAGCGCCUUUGAUAGGACCCGAUGUGGUGUUUGCACCUACAUGUUGGUAUGCUACCGAUGCAGGCAAAAAAGGGCUACGAUGGAAUCCUGAAAGUGAAGCAGCCUUGCUUGAUUCGAUAUGCUUGACAAGAGCAAUCGAAAACGAAUGUGUGUUGGCGAUGACAAAUAUUGCCGGACCACCUUGUCCUCCCGAUAAAGACCCGAAUUCGCUUUCAGAAGAUGAUGCGAUCGGCGUUGGACGAACGUGCGUUUGUGCACCUUUUGCAGGUUGUGUUGGACGUGUGGAAAGUGGUGAUGAAACGCUAUUGUUGGCGGCGCUCGAUCUGCGAAUCUUACAAGAUGCUCGUGAUAUCUAUCGUGUUCGUCAUGAUUUACGAAGUGCAUGGUCUACAGAGCAAGCCAAAGUAGAUUCACGGUGACGGGAAGUGAACUGAAGAAUAUCUAUUGAAAUACGAUGUAAUGGUUACGGAAUGAUGAAGGUCAAAAAGAAGUCAGACCAGCUGAAGUCGUUAGAGCUACAGACAGAGCUGUCAUAACGGCUGUUUUGAUAAGAAUUUGAGCCAGCUGUAGCUAUUCUACUUCUACUGUUUGCUGAUGUUUUGCUCUUUAUGAGCUUCUUCAUGAGCAGCUUUAGUCUUUUUUUGGUGAUCACGAUGUAUAUAUUGACUUUUUCUCGCUUGUUGAUAUGCAUAUCUGUCAUUUGCAUUUUGUUCACCUUGCGCCCAAUAAAAAGUAUGUUCUGCG